UUACUUAAGCUCGUCGGGGUAUAAAUAUUCUACAGUUGUCUUAGAAAAUUGUCAGUACCUUAUCAAAUUUUCAGAACUCGACAAAGAUACCCAGAAUCAACAAGUAAAAUGAAAUAUUUUAUUGUUUUCUACGCACUGAUUGCAAUGGCGUUCGCCCAAUGGACCAGGGAGGAUUUAUUAAAGCAUCGCAAAAAAUGCCUUAAAUACGAAAACGUCCCCAAGUCAGUCAUUGAGAAGUUGGAUAAACGUCAAUACAAUAAAGACCUGGGGCCAGAAGGCAGGUGUUACCUUCGGUGCCUUGGCCUGAAAUCCGGAGCCUGGGAUGACACCAACGGAUUUGACAUCGAAAAAAGCUAUCAGAUACUCCUGAGCACUGGGUUUAAUGUUAACAAGGAGAACCUGCAGAAGUGCAUCACGACAAAUACUGGGAAUGACGAUAAAUGCACAUGGGCUGCUAACAAUUUGAUGUGCUUAUGGACGAAUAAAUAUAUUUCCUGGGACCAAUAAAUUGAUUAACAUUUCUGAAUAAAAUUAAAUUUCAUUUGUG